GUCGCAGAUGAUCUCCCAAGAGGACUAUGAUGUGAUAGUGGGAGUGGAGCAGCCAGGCCAGAUGCGGGAUAAGCUGCUGACGAGCCACAGGUAUCAGGUGGCCCGCACUUUCAUGAACCUCUUGGGACAUAUCAGCAAGGACCAGACCAUCCAGUACAUCCUUACCCUUGUCGAUGACAUCCUCUCAGAGGACAAGACCAGAGUGGAGAUCUUUAAGGAGUAUGCCCGGAAACACCGUGAAAGUAUGUGGAGCCCCUUCCUCAACCUCCUGACGCGUCCAGACACAUUCAUCAUCAAUAUGACUGCUCGCAUCAUUGCAAAGCUGGCCUGCUGGUCCCGUGAGCCUAUGGAUGGCUCUGACUUGACCUUCUACCUCACUUGGCUCAAGGACCAGCUCCGCACUCCAGUAUGUAUGGGGAUUUUCUUGGCUGUUGUACAUCUCACAAUUUGAAGUACUUGAGAGACA